CUGUGAGCGCGCGAGGCGGAGCCGAGUGUCCGGGCCUGCUCGGUGGACACCCCUCUCCCCUGCCCGGGACGCGGCGGCCGGAUCCGUGGGCGCGGAGGGGACCGGGCGGGGCGGAUGGGCCCUGCGCCUCCGGCACCCACCUGGGCCCGCUCCUUUGCGCCGCUGCCAGCCUCGAGCCGGGGGGGCCCUGCCUGAUCUUGCCCGGUGUUGCUGGGGAAUCGCACAAACACGUCUGCAUGGCGAUUGGCAGACGGCGGGGAGAGACCCUGGCUGACCCCAGCGCCGGAGCGUGCAAGGGAGUGGCGAGGAAGAAGAGUAGGAUUUUCUCAAGCUAGGGAAACCUGGUGGAGGAGGGGCUCCACGCCCUGCUGGAGAGGCUUCCGGUUUGCAACAGUAGUGUUAUGAAACUUAGUGUUACUGUGACAAGGGAACCCACCUCCUGCUUCUAGUGGAGUUUGACAAAGUGAUCACUGACUCCUAUGCCCCUGGUCUUCCAUUCCAGCUCACUACAUUUUACUCCAGAUGGCAGAAUUUCUGUAGAAUAUUUGAUACACGCCCCACAUCUUGGCUUCUCACCGAGCCUCAGUCUCAGCUGCACUGGCUAGACAAUAAAUGGGAUUUGCACAAAUUCCAGGCCGAACUGAAAUACAGACUGCAGUGUUAAUAUCCUUUUCUCCUGGUUGUCACUAACAGGAGAGUCAAUGUCGUCAGAAGACCUGGAAGCCCAGGAGGAUGAACUGCUGGCCCUGGCGAGUAUCUAUGAUGCAGACGAGUUUAGAAAAGCAGAGUCCGUUCAGGGUGGAGAGACCAGGAUCUAUUUGGAUCUGCCACAGAAUUUCAAGAUCUUUGUGAGCGGCAAUUCAAAUGAGUGUCUCCAGAAUAGUGGCUUUGAAUACACCAUUUGCUUUCUGCCACCACUUGUGCUGAACUUUGAACUGCCACCAGAUUAUCCAUCCUCCUCCCCACCUUCAUUCACACUUAGUGGCAAAUGGCUGUCACCAACUCAGCUCUCUGCUCUCUGCAAGCACCUAGACAACCUGUGGGAAGAGCACCGAGGCAGUGUGGUGCUGUUUGCCUGGAUGCAGUUUCUUAAGGAGGAGACCCUCACCUACCUGAAUAUUGUCUCUCCUUUUGAGCUCAAGAUGGGGUCUCAGAAAAAAGUUCAGAGAAGGACGGCGCCGCAGGCCUCUUCUAGCGCAGAGCUAGGUUCUGGAGGAGCUACUGGGUGCGAUGUAGACCAAGAAGAAACUGUGGAUGAGAGAGCUGUGCAGGAUAUAGAAUCAUUGUCAAGUCUGAUCCAGGAAAUCUUGGACUUCAAUCAAGCUCAGCAGAUCAAGUGCUUCAACAGUAAAUUGUUCCUGUGCAGUAUCUGUUUCUGUGAGAAGCUGGGUAGUGAGUGCAUGUACUUCUUGGAGUGUAGACAUGUGUACUGCAAAGCCUGUCUGAAGGACUACUUUGAAAUCCAGAUCAAAGAUGGUCAAGUUAAAUGCCUCAAUUGUCCAGAACCUAAGUGCUCGUCAGUGGCUACUCCUGGUCAGGUCAAAGAGCUGGUAGAAGCAGACCUGUUUGCUCGUUAUGACCGCCUCCUCCUCCAGUCUACCUUGGAUCUAAUGGCAGAUGUGGUGUACUGCCCCCGUCCAUGCUGCCAGCUCCCUGUGAUGCAAGAGCCUGGCGGAACCAUGGCUAUCUGCUCCAGCUGCAAUUUUGCCUUCUGUACCUUGUGCAGGCUGACCUAUCAUGGGGUUUCUCCAUGUAAGGUAACUGCAGAGAAAUUAAUAGACUUACGAAAUGAAUACCUACAAGCAGAUGAAGCUACUAAAAGGUUCUUGGAACAGAGGUAUGGUAAGAGGGUGAUUCAGAAGGCUCUGGAGGAGAUGGAAAGUAAAGACUGGCUGGAAAAGAACUCCAAGAGCUGCCCUUGCUGUGGAACGCCCAUCCAGAAAUUAGAUGGCUGUAACAAGAUGACCUGUACUGGCUGUAUGCAGUAUUUCUGCUGGAUUUGCAUGGGUUCUCUCUCUAGAGCAAACCCUUACAAACACUUCACUGAUCCUGAUUCUCCAUGCUUUAACAGAUUGUUCCAUGCUGUGGAUGUUAAUGGAGACGUUUGGGAAGAUGAGAUUGAGGACUAGUUCAUUCCUUCUGCUCACAGUAUAGAAAUGGAAUGGUUUGCCCUGAUCUUCUGUCAAGUACACAAAGAGACCUAUCCAGAUAUUUAGGGUGCCAUAGUUCCCUCUUCCUGUGUAGAAGAAAGAACAGGGUUUAUAUUUUCCUUUGGUACUACUCAUUAAGGCAUGUACAUUUUCCAUGUAAUAUAAAUCUGAUAAAAUUAUAUGCCAAAGGUUCAGAAAUGAAAACCAUAGGAGAUUAAAUAUUAUAAUAUGCCCAAACUGUGGAUAGUUAAAAAGUAAAUAUUUAUUUCUUCCCAAAGCUUUAGGUUAGGGAGAGGAGGGUCAAGAGUUAAGCUUUCUGACCAUGUCCAAGAAGCCUGACAUUGGUGGAGCGCUCUCAGUUCUCUCCCUUGCAGCCGGGGACAGUCACAGCCCCGUUGAUGCUAUCCCCGGAGCAUGCUCCAUGCCGUGUACACUACUUACUUCAUCCGAUAUCUUUGGAGCAAGUGUCUGCUCUGUAUCCAGAUGUCUCAGUGCCAUUCAGAUCUUCCGCUUGUCAGAAUAGAAAGUUAACAAUAAAUAUAAAGAUCUUUUUAGUACUACAAGUCCUGUGGAUCACUUACUAUUUAUGAGUGUUGUGUUGAACCCACUGGUUGAGAGCCCAAUGUAGACUUUAUGAUUCUGGCUCUGAACUCGUCCUGCUCACAUGGCUAGAAGACUCAGUCAGAGCUGUGCCUGCCCCAUUUUGUUCUGAACUUUCUCUCUGCCUCCGGCCUUGUGUUGGCAAGGACAGUGUUAAUGUUGAUUCUAGUAGUGUGUUUCCUCUGCCAGAAUAGGAGAGAGCCCAGUAUGCUCCUCAGUGAGUGCACCUGUGUACAGCACCGUGAUUCUAGCCCCGCCUUCUGAACGCUUGCUCCUCUCUCCUCGCCUGUUGGAACUGGGCUUCCUACCCUUCCCCCUUAUGCAGCAGUGUGUGAAGUAGAAACAGUAGCUUGAUGGCUGCAUUCCUUUCUCUGCCUUUUAUUGGCUUUGGAAACUGUCUUCCUCAUGAUGCGGUAAGUGGCAUGGAGUCACUUGGUAGGUGUCUGAAAAAAGGACAGUCACUCACCUGCAGCCUGUGAACUUGUGUUUUCUAUUUGACACUGAAAAUUAAGGAAUUGCUUAAUUGUUAGCAUGGACUGCUUCUGGAUUGUCGGUGAGGUUGCUUAAUUUUAACAAUAAAAAUUAUCUGAAAUCA